UCAUUUCUUCCAUUUCCUAAUUACCCAUGUUCUUUUCAUCUCAAAAAAAAAAAAAUUACCCAUGUUCUUUCACAGUAGCUUUUCACCUUUUACCUCUGUUUCUUUGCUCGCUCUUACAACCUGCACUACAUGUGUUUGUGAAAAUGCCCAAGUAAAAAACACCCAAAUGGGUCAUCGUCUUUCUGGUUUUAAUAAGCAUAGGCGGAGUUCUGUAACCUAAUUAUGAAGGUUUUUGUUUGGUUUCGUUUUGUUGUUUAUGUCGAUGAAUUUUGGUUUGUAGUUUUGAAUUGAAUUGGUUGCUAAGCAAAUUUGGGUUUGAUUUUUAUUUUUUCUAGGUUUGCUUAUUUUUUUAAUUCACUGAUGUUAUCAUUUAGGAAGAUAUUUGAGACUUGGAUUUGUAUAAAUUUGCGUAGUGUGAUUUAGAGGAAUUGGUCUGGGUUUGUUUUGGGGUGUGUUUAAUGAAACUGGUCAGAGUGAGGAAUUUGUGAUUAAUACAAAUUCCAGUGACAGAAAUAAGUAUUGUCCAGUCCCAAUUGUGACAGAGGAAGAAGCAGCUCUAAGCGACUCAGGGUAGGAGAAGACAGACAGACUGUGACUGAUAAUAAUUGUGUUUGGGUAGGUGAUCUGCUGCAACUAAACCAAUCGUGCUUGGGUUUUGAAAAUAAUCGUGCUAGAUCAACUAGGCGUGUGGUUCUUCCUCCGGAAGUGUACUUCCAGAGAAUCGGCUUUUCUCUGAGAUAGCAAACAAUAACAUAUAGUAAACAGCCUUUGAUCCAUACACUGAGCCAAGAAAUGAAGGAAGACGAAGUGAAUCGAUGCCAGAUACAGGAAUGGUACCGUAAGUUUAAAUCCGUGUCUAUCAAAACACGGAUUCAUGAACUUCCAGAAUCCUUUGUCCAAUAUCUUCUUGAUGAUUCCAGGCCCUUCCUUCUUCCAGUUUCCAUCUCAAAUGAAGAUGCCUUACCCAACAGAAUUCAUAAUCCAGAGGAGGAAGAUGACUAUCAAGUAGUAGAAGGAUCUAAUGAUGAGUCAGAGCAGCCUUCUUUGCCCCCUUCUUUUCCUAAACUUGAGUUGGAGAUUAAGGAAUCCAUUGCAUCGCUUGGAGGUGCUGUGUUCCCGAAGCUAAACUGGAGUGCACCAAAAGAUUCUGCUUGGAUUAGCACAACUGGGACUCUUAGAUGCUCUUCCAUCAGUGAGAUUGUACUGUUGCUACGAUCAUCUGACUCACUGGUGCAUGAUUUGUGUCAUGCUUAUGAUUCCUGCAAUGACAAGACCUCCUCACGGCCCAAGAGCUUCUUCCUUGCACUCCGUAAAUGGACCCAAUCCCUUCAGCCAGAGAUGGAAUUCUGCUGCUUUGUGAGGAAUCAGAAUUUAGUUGGAAUUUCCCAGCGCGAGGCCACAACCUUCUACCCUUCUCUGCUUGAAAGCAAAGAGCAUCUGGGAGAGUUGAUUGAAGAGUUCUUUAUGGAAAAUUUAAGCCCACCGGAGCCUGUAGGUAGCUACGCCUUUGAUGUAUACGUGAUGAAGGACGAGCGAGUUAAGGUUAUGGAUUUCAACCCUUGGGGUGCAUUUACACUGCCUCUGAUGUUUACAUGGGAGAAACUGGAACAGAGUGAUAAUGAACAGGGGGAUGGUGUGGACUUCAGAAUUGUGGAGAGCUAGUGUGGUGUUAGGCCAGGUUUGAAGACAGCAGUGCCCUACGAUUAUGUGGACACUAGCUCUGGGUGUGGCUGGGACCAGUUUUUCAGGAACGCGGAUGAAGAGUUACUGCGGCAAAGUAGGUCUGCUUAAGCAGGUGCUUAAGGUCCUUCAUUGCUUGGACAAGAAUGAAAUUUGCAUUUACAUUGUUAGAUGAUACUCCUCGAGUCUCGUGACUUUUGCCAUUUUACUUAUUUAAUACUCUGGCAGGAGUAGGAACUGUGUAGAAAACGUAUGAAAUUUUCAAUGUUCUUAAGAAGUUUCUAUUCCGGUAUUUGGUAAUUUGGAAUA